UUCUCUCUCUCUUUUUGUCUCUCUCUCUCUAUCUCUCUGUUUGUCUCUGUGUAGCUCUCUCUCUAUCUGUCUCUCUCUCUCUCAGUUUGUCUAUCUCUCUCUCUCUCUCUCUCUCUCUCUCUUUCUGUCAGUGUCUCUUUGUCUCUCUGUUUGUCUCUCUCUCUCUUUCUCUCUCUCUCUCUCUGUUUCUCUGUCUCUGUCUCUCUCUCUCUGUCAGUCCCUCCUCGCCGUCGACAGGAUAUGAAAGCAGCCGCCCCUCCUCUUCCCGAGGGGAGGUGCAGAAUGGGAGACGUGGGGGAGUUGAUGAUCCUCACACCUGCAGCGUCAUGGACCCGAGGUCGGUCGCUCUGGAGAUGCUGGGGGUGCUGGUGUCGGGGGGGGCCUGGCUGUGCUCGCUGGCCACCACUCUGAUGUCCACAUGGUUGACUCUGUCCACGGAGCUGCUGCCCAGCCAGAGCUUCGAGCUCGGCCUGUGGGGGACGUGCGUGGUGCAGGACCUGGGGGGGCUGGAGUGUCGACCCUACCACAGCCUGUUGGGUCUCCCCCCCGACAUCAAGCUGGCCCGGAUCCUGAUGUGCGUGACGCUGGGCACCGGGCUGCUCGCCCUGCUGCUGGCCAUCCCCGGCCUGCAUCUGGUGAAUGGCUGCGGCGGCCGGAGGGAUGGCCUGAGCUGUAAGAGGAGCCUGAAGGCGGCAGCGGGGGGGCUCUGCCUGCUGGCCGGCUUCCUGGGACUCGUCCCCGUCUCGUACAUCGCCCACCAGACCGUGGUCCGCUUCUUCGACGAGUCGGUGCCGGACCUGGUUCCUCGCUGGGAGUUCGGGGACGCGCUGUUCUGUGGCUGGAUGGCCGGGUUCCUGCACCUGGUCGGGGGAACGCUGCUGCUGACCUCAUGUCUGCGUCUGAGGAGAGAGAAUUGUCUCGGCCCCGGAGCGACGGGGACGGGGCCAGGACGCCGCCUCGUCAGGUCCGAGUUUGUCUGAGGACCGUCCACCAUCAAGAGGCUGAAGCUUCAGGAUUCAAGAAACACAAGCUUCGGACACUUUAAUGAUUCACGUCUCCUGAACAUCUGGAUUUAAAACUUUUGAUCUCAAAGAUGAAUCUGUCAAACUGAGACUUAACAAACUUUAAACUUAAACUUUCAAACUGAGUUAAAAUCAUCAGUAGCUCAUCAGAUUUUUCAAAUAGUACUUCAGAUAUAAACCAAAUUCAAAUAUAACGUCUUCACCUGAUCAAACGUUUCAACAUAUCUGACACUUUCAAUCGUUUCUACCAAAGACACAAACACCUGCUGCUACUUCCUGUUUCAUGCUUCCUGUUUCCUGUUUCAUUCAGGACAUUUUAUUUUCUGACACGCGUGAGCAUCUUUACUUUAAACAUAUCUUUAUUCCUGUCGCAUGAUGAGAGUUGAGUUUAUUUUGAAGAACAGGAAGUGAUGUAUUCCUGUUCAAUUAGAAUGAUGGCAAUGACAAAAAUCAGUUUGAUUGAUUGAUUGAUAAGCAAUGAUAUCAGCGGAUGAUUGUGAAGAAGAAAAACUCGUACAUAAAAUAAAAUUGUG